GUGAAAAAGCUCCUUCCAGCGUAACGUUCGAAUCCACAGGGUUGGUUUUACUCUCUGAGUUCCUGAGAACUUCUUAAACAAGAACAUCUACUCCUGAUUCGCCGUGGAUAUAUACAUAAGCUAGGGUGUUCUUGGAUCUCACAUGUCUGAAGACUAGCUAGCAAGUCUUCUCCACUGAACCUCUGUGUUUUCUUCGAAAUGGCGGUUUGUCCGUGCGAGGAGGGUCAAGAUGUCUACAGCAUCUCAGUGGUUUCUGACAAAGGAAAUGCCAAUCCACAGUGCCCAUUGGAUUUAUUAAGUUUUACAGAAGUCCCCUUUCUGGAAGAAGGUCAGACCCUCUUGGUUAGGCAGUGGGAUUGCAAGAAUUGUAUCAGUCUGCAGACAGAAAGUACAGAUAGAUGUUCUCUAUUCAGUGUGGAUAUAGAUAUUGAGAAAGACAACUUGGAAAUAACAAAAACAGAGGAUAACUUUGUAGGGUGCUCUGUGAAAUCUAAGAAUGUGUUAACUUAUUUGCAGAGGUUGUUUGAGAGAAAGAUUGGUAUAGCAAUUGGAGGAAAGAUUAUUCAACUUUUAAUGAACAAUAACCUAAUGUCUCUGAGGUUCACUUCUAAAGACAAGCCAACAACUGAGAGGACUCAGGACACAUCCAAUAAUAGGUGGCGGCGAUAUAAGCGUGCAGCCUCCUUUGACUCAAGAAAGUUAGUUCUUCUCUUCUCAAUAUUGUCAAGCAUGGGUACAAUGAUGUUGAUAUAUUUGACACUUAGAGUGAAGCAGGUCAAUGAUGGCAUUGUUCAUGUCUAGUGCAAGCAUCCAGAGGGGGGGUGUGAGAGAGAGAGAGAGUCCUAUUCUGUGGAUUUUUCCCCGGUAUUGCCGUUCCUUUUUCUUUUGCUUUACUUGUUGAUGACCCUUGUUAUGUACAUAAAUUACCACUAAAUAUAAAAUGGAGCUUACUUAAAAAGUCUUUGCUAGUUGAGUCU